GGCCAUCCCUGCCGGCGGCGGCGCAGGCGCAGGGCGGGCGGCGAUGGCGGCGCGGGCAGGGGCCCUGUGGCUGGCUCUGCUGUGUCUCUCGGCGGCGCCGCUGCCCCGCGGCGCCCGCGGAUCGGAGCCCGUCGGGCCGGCGGAGCCGUCGGGCGGCGCGGGCCCCGGGGAGCGGUUUAAGAUCGAGGGCCGGGCCGUGGUGCCCGGGGUGAAGCCGCAGGACUGGAUCGCGGGUGCCCGGGUGCUGGUGGACGGGGAGGAGCACGUCGGCUUCCUGAAGACCGAUGGAAGUUUUGUGGUUCAUGAUGUACCUUCAGGAUCUUACGUGGUAGAAGUUAUAUCCCCUGCUCAUAAAUUUGAGCCCGUGCGAGUUGACAUAACUUCAAAAGGCAAAAUGAGAGCAAGAUAUGUGAAUUACAUCAAACCCUCUGAAGUUGUCAGGCUGCCAUAUCCACUCCAGAUGAAAUCUUCCGGACCACCUUCGUAUUUUAUAAAGAGAGAAUCUUGGGGAUGGACAGAUUUCCUCAUGAACCCUAUGGUGAUGAUGAUGGUUCUUCCAUUACUGAUAUUUGUGCUUUUGCCUAAAGUUGUCAACACCAGUGAUCCUGAUAUGAGGCGGGAAAUGGAGCAGUCAAUGAACAUGCUGAAUUCCAACCAUGAGCUGCCAGAUGUGUCUGAAUUCAUGACAAGACUUUUCUCUUCAAAAUCUUCCAGCAAGUCUGGUGGUAGCAGCAGUAAAGCAGGGAAAAGUAGUUCUGGAAAAAGGAGGUAGUUAAGUCUUCCUCCUAAGUCUGAGUUUCCACAGCUCUUUGGUGUCAUGUUUAUUUGUCUUUGAAAGAUCAAAAAACCACUGCUGUAAACUUUACCCAGGCACAACAUAGGUUAUGCUACAAGUGUGGUUUGUAGCUUUUUUUAGACUCUAUAAUGGGUUUUGUACUUGACAGUAAGCAAAAGAUGACAUGGCUUCAAUACUGUAUCUGUAUAAAGUUAUUGAUGAUAUUGAAUUAACUAUAUUGUUCUGUAGAGAAUUAAAUUAUACAAUGUGUUUCAUGGUAAUAAAUGUCUUCAGACAAUGUAUAAAAAAAUUUCAAAGAUAAUAGGAGCGGAGUUCAGUUUUAAGCUGUCUUUAAUGUUUUACACUUGUUGAGUUUUGAAGUGAACAAAUCAUCCUUUCAAAAUGGAGUUGGGAGUUUACUGGGUAAGUAAUUUGCUGUAUCAGCUUGUCACAUUACAUAUAAAAUAAUUUUAUUUUAUGCUGUUUGCUGCCUGUACAAUUUACAGAAUCACAGAGUGGGUAAGGUUGGAGGGGACCACAGUGAGUCCUCUGGUCCCAUGUCCCAGUCAGGGUCAUCCUAGAGCAUGGGAUUGCAUCCAGUUGGUUCUUGGAUAUCUUCAGUGAGGGAGACUUCACAACCUCUCUGGCCAAUCUUUAGUUCAAAGAUUUUCCACUAUGUAUUCCCCAGUUUUACUCUGAUCUACUUUCUGCUAAAAACUCUUUGGGAGGAAAGAAAGCAAAGUAUCUUGCAUGAGGAAGUCAUUUAAGCUGUCAAGAUCUCAAAUCUUUCUUUUCUAAUUUAUGUGUAUCACUUCUGUGACACUGAGGUGUAGCAAUACAUCUGUAUAACAGGCCAUUCUGAUGCACCAGCCAAACUGUUUGGGAGUAAUCUUACAACCACCUGCAGUUAUUGCUAUCAGAACCCUCAGGAAUUCAUCAAGGUUACUGAGAAAAACAGGGCUGAAAAUAAGAAGAAGAGCCUGAGAAAGAAGAAUACCAAGACAACAAGAGUAAGCUAAGGGAGGCCAUGAAGGCUCUGAACUGUAGCCAGUCACAUUCCCUAAGGGACGCGUGCCUGCCUCGUGGACAGGGCGAGCUGGCCAAUGAAAUGAUGCAUGACCAUGUGAACAAACACCUUAGAGUCUGUAACUGUGUGUUAAUGUGAACAAUAAAUCAGCUUCUGCCUCAGUCAUAGUGGUUGGUCGUACAGAUGCCUGUGCUCCUGCACUGAAGCUUUUCACUCUUUCUAUGUGUGCUGUGCUUUCAGCUUACCAAUGGAAUGAUUUGAGGCAAAAUACAGAAUUUGAAAUGAAGUUCAAGUUAACUAAUUUUAAAACGAAAGAAAAGAACUCCAGGUGUAGCAGGAAGCUAAAUUCUGCUCAUCUUAAAAAAUAUGUUCCAAAGUAUAUGGCUCUUGAGGAAUGCUUAGUCACCGACAGAACUUUGUUCUUUGAGCAUGCCUCUAUAUGACUUACACAGUAUCUUUUCAAGCUACCUAGAGAAAAGUUGUAAAAACUGAUUGUUUUUCACUAUGUCUGCAAAUUAAAAUGACAGCAAACUUGCCACACCCAUAGCAACAGUCCAUAAAAAUUUUUUCAUCAUAAAUGCUGUUCUUCAUCUUUACAGCUGGUAACUUGUUCAGUAACAGUGUCCAUGCACCAUAGGUAAUGUAUAUCUGCUUCCAAAAAAAGGUAUUUAAUACCCACUUACAGUACAUCUGAAGCAAAAUCAAUUCUAAUGCAUGUACUUGUUCUGCCAUACACAAGAAGAGGGCUAUAAAUUUUCUUAGAAUACAUAUUUAGAAGUUAUACUGGGAAAAAUUAAAGUUGCAAGGGACUAAAUCCUCAUUCAUAAUAUUACGUCAAUUUUUUAAGGUUUUAAGCACAUUUUGCUUGAAUGGUCUUUUUGUUUCACAUAUGAAGUAAAAUAUUUUCGAUGGAGACAAGAAGAUAUUUGGAUGUUCUUGCUGGAAGGAUCUACUGAAAUACGUGUCAAGUUGCAUUGGUGAAGAAAAAAAUUAUUAAAAAACCCUCUUUCAGCAGUGUCCUAUGAAAAAAAUAUAUGAAAAACAGCAAUACUUUGAAGGUGGAGCAAUUAGCAUUGUUACUGUGCUAUCCUGGAAGUACAAGCCAUGGGUUACUUUUGUUUAACAGUAUUUGAAAUAACAAUUGAAUUGCUUUAGCUUAUAAUUAAUCAUACGGAUGCAUUUUUCCAUGUUAGGAACAUGGCAAAAUUACAAAGGUAGGAACUAAUAUUUCUGCCUUCUUUCAUGGUGUCUGUUCACAUUCUUGAUUUGUCUUCAAGGGAGAAUGGAGAAUUCAGGCCAUGAAAAGAUGAAAGCCUUUGUUAAGAGUGCAGAGUGAAAAAGUUCACAGGAACUGUAAAAAUCGUAUUAAAACUUUGGAAGGAGCA